CCCCACCUUCAAUGAGACCAUGCAUGAUCCACUUGCAAGGGAAUAACAUAAAAUUCUCUCUAGAGGCCCAUAACUUCCUAGCCUUUUCUUAGGCUCUGUACUAUAUAAUUAAACCACAUUGCUAAUGUCUUUGAUAUUUAUUACUCUUUGUCAAUCAGCAAAGCCUCUCAUCUUUUCUCCAAAAAUGACAACAUUCAUGCUGAAUUUUAUGCUUCCUCUACUUUUCCUGUCCAUGAUUCUUCCAAAACCAGCGAAUGCAGAGUUGGAGCAAUGGUGUGUAGCUGAUGAGCAGACCACGGAGAAUGAAUUGCAGGCAGCCUUGGAUUGGGCUUGUGGGAGAGGAGGUGCAGAUUGUAGCAAAAUUCAAGUAAACCAACCUUGCUAUUUUCCAAACACAUUAAAAGACCAUGCUUCUUAUGCCUUCAACAGCUACUAUCAGAAGUUCAAGCACAGUGGAGGUUCUUGCAACUUUAGAGGACAGAUGCAUGUUCACGUAGCAACGAGUGCAAUUUAAAUGGACCUGAUGCUUGAAGGUCAUGGUUCUUGCCACUAUGACUUCAUCCCCUGAUCACAACUGUGAAUGAAGACUUAAAAUAACUGCAGCAAAAACUAGACCUUUGUAUGUCCCAAACUCCCAAUCAAGCAAUUUUUGUUUUGGGACUUUUUCUUGUAUUAUUGAUAGAAAUGAAAUCUUACAUUCCUCUUACACUAA